AUGGAGAUUCAAGAAGAAGGGGACAAUGAGGGGUUGCGAGAUGAGUUAAUAGUAAAAAAAGGGGAGCUAUGGGCUUUAUAUCUAAAACAAGAAAGAGAAUGGAUGCAAAAAUCAAGAAUAAAAUGGGUGCGUAAAGGGGAUCGAAACACAAGAUACUUCCAUGCAAUGGCUUCAAUUAUAAGGAGAGUGAAUAGAAUGGACAAAAUUAAAGGGGUGGAUGGAAUGAAGGAAAUACCAGAAGCAAUCAAAGGUGAAGUGGAAAGACAUUUCCAAAAUCUUUAUAAUGUUAAAGAAGUGUUGGAGCUGAUAAAUCUUGACUGCAACCUUGAGAAACUGAAACCUGAAUCAGCUAGCUUCCUUGAGAAGCCAUCUAAGGAAGAAGAGGUGUGGGGUACUAUCCAAGGAUGCGAUGGGAAUAAAGCUCUGAGACCGGAUGGAUAUAAUUUAAAUUUCUUCAAGAAUCAAUGGGAAGUAGUCAAAGACGACAUUAUAGAUUUCAUGAAAAAAUUCUACAAAAAUGGUCAGUUGGGAUAUGGGGUUAAUUCUUCUUUCAUUGCUUUAAUUUCGAAGGUCCAAAACCCAAAUAAUUUGAGUGAGUACAAGUCAAUUAGUUUAGUGGGUAGCUUGUACAAAAUUGUGGCAAAGACUUUAGCAGAUUGUUUGAGAAUGGUAAUUGGUAAAGUUAUAGGGAAAAAUCAAUUUGCAUUCAUAAAAAGAAGGCAAUUAAUAGACUGCUCUUUUAUUACAAAUGAAAUUGUGGAUUCAUUGAAAAAAGGUGCAGAAGGCGGGGUGAUUCUGAAAGUUGAUUUCGAGAAAGCAUAUGAUAGUGUUAGUUAG